CACCCUUUCUGUCCUAGCAUCUUCCUCCUCGUGUUCAAUUCCUCCUUUUGCUCGAUUUCGGUCCCUCGCGGCUCUUCUUCCGUGCUUUGGUGCUGCCUCACGCGAGAGGCUGCAUCUGUGAUCGUUAACGGAGGACAACACUACCAACGAACCUCUUUUUACCCGCUUUUUUCCUCCCACUCGCCGCAUCCUGUUUUCUACCUUUCAUCUCUUUUAGACUCCUUCGAGCUCCAUCACAUUUCUCCUCCCCUGGAGAAUCAGAGAUUUUAUCGCAACAUGUCUGAAGUUCAAUCGAGGUCUUCUGCCUCUCGUGGCAGGGUAUCCGCCCGUGGUGGCCGUGGCGGCUACAGCUCCAGAGGUGGUCGAGGUGGCAGCAGAUCCACAAAGCCCGACGUCACAGAGCCUACAUACGAAGAUGAAGGAGAACUCGGUCAAAUGAAGAAGAAAUACUCGGAUACUCUGCCGAUGUUGAAGGAGCUCUUCCCUGACUGGACAGACGAGGAUUUGGUCUUCGCUUUGGAGGAUGCUGAUGGUGACCUCGAGCAGGCAAUUGAUCGCAUCAGUGAAGGCAACGUCUCUCAGUGGGGGGAAGUAAAGAAGAAGACAACCGACCGAAGUCGUCCCAAGCCCAAGGAGGCACAGAGCACCCCUACGGAGUCAGCCACAACUGCCGUGCGGCCAGGACGUGGACGCGGUGGAUUUGAAGGCCGCGGUCGCGCUCGUGGAGAUCGUGGCCGUGGUGGCCGUGGCGGUCGGGCUGGAACUCAUGCCAACGGAACACGCACGGAGAAGUCAUCCCUCCCCGCUGAAAUCACUCCUAUUGCAGACUCAGCGACAACUACAACCGCUACCUCGUCCGCCGAGACGGCUGCUCCGGAAACAGUGUCUACCACGAAGGAUACCCCUGCCAUGCCGGAGGGUACCAAGAAGGGUUGGGCAUCGUUGUUCGCGAAACCGGCGGUGCCUCCUCCUCAGAAAAAGCCAGCCGCUCCCGCUCCCGCUCCCGCUACUGCUCCCCCUCCUGCUGCUCCUGCGACUGAAGAACCCGCUCCCGAACCCCAACCCGAAGAAAAGCCUGCCGAACCUGACGCUGCCCCUGCCCCUGCCCCUGCCCCUGCACCCGUUCCUGUUGCUGUACCUCUACCCGCCGACAGGGCGCCCCAGCCAGCAGUUCCUCAACCGAGAGAAGAGCCGCAGAAGGCGACACCCACGUCGGCCGACGUCUCGCCGGCCAAGGAUGAUUUGACGAAGAACAACCUUGCGCAGAUUCCCGAUGUCUCUCCCCCUGUUCCAUCCGCUACGGCUGCCAGCACUGUUGGCAGCACUGUUGAGCCCAGCGCGGCGGCUACUUCAACACCCGCCCGCCCCACAGCUAGUGCCUUGCCUACAAGCGCAUUCAAGCAGAACAUCCGUACCCCUGGAACGCAGCGGCGUGUCAUGGAACAACAGGAGGCUGUCGUUAUGCCUGGAAAUCAUGCCGUCGAUCGUGCUGCCGUGCAGUUUGGCAGCAUGGGGUUGAAUGGCGAGGCUGCGGAUGUUGAUAUUGACGAAAACAGAGAAGACACUGAAACCCGUGCUCAGCCUCCUCAGCACUCCCCUGUUGCUCCGCGCGCUUCAUUGCCUCCGUCCACUCAAGCUCAGGCUCCUCCCGAGGCCGCUGCUGUUUCCCGUCCCGCUCCCGGCUUGCCUCCCGUGCCCCAGGCUACCGCUGCCGAGAACACUUUCUCAGACUUCGCUCGCUACGACUCUCAAAAACCUUAUGACCCGUUCACUCAACCACUUACUCAACCGCAGCCUCAAGUCCAGGAACCGUUCGCAAACCAGGCCCCCGUUCAGCCGACUGUCACCACCGGUAGCGAAUAUUCGCCGUUUUAUGCUGGCGACCAACGCCUUCCAUACAACUACUACAACGCCUACGGUCAAUCUCAGGAUGCGUCCCUUGCGCAGCGCGCUGCUGGGUUUGGUGUCUCUGGCGCUGAAGCCCAGCCUCAGAUUCCCACCACCCAACCUCCCACCCGCUAUGGUCACGUUGAAGCCCCGAACAGCGGCCACACCACCCCCAACCCGACUCUUCCCGGCGUCACUCAGACUCCAGCCGCGCACCACAUGCCUACCCAGGGUGCUCAUGCUUACGGUUAUGGAUAUCCAUACUACUCUAACCCGCACUAUGCUUCGUACAUGAGUCAACAGUACGGUCGAAACCGCCCAAUCUACGAUGACGCUCGCAGAUACGAAGAUCAGUAUAUGCCUCACAGUUCCCAGUACGGCUACGGAAGUCAGUACGGUCCGUAUGGCAAGGGUGGCAUGUACGGUCAGCCGCACGGUUUCUCGUACGACCACUCGGCAUCCCCUGCGACUGCUGGCAGCUUUAACCAGGGUAUCCCCGGCCGCGAUUCGGUCUAUGGCCGUACUGGAUCGGCACAGCCUUCUGAGAGCCAGCAGUCGGCUGCAGGUGCCAGCGCCUUUGGGACAGGCAUGACUGAUGUCUUUGGGCGCAGUCAGGCCGGGUUCGGACAAAACCAGCCCAUCGCCCAGCAGACUCCCGUUUCAUCGGAAGAAACCAAGGCUUUUGACGCUUCCAAGACCGGUGGACCAAGUCCUUCGCUGUCCCAGGCCAACCGCCCUGGUUCCGCGACCAACACUCCAGGCCAAUCCCAGAGCCAGACCGGUCUUCCCCCGCUGCAGGGUCAGCAAACACAGCAGGGCUUUGGUGGUUACCCUCACCUGAACCCUCAGUACGGUGGUCUUGGCGGCCUCGGCGGGCACCAGACAGCUGCCAACCAGACCCAUCACCAGGCGACCGGGUAUGGCAACUACGGUGGUGCCGGCUUCGGUAACUACUACGGGAACACUGGACGAGGUGGCUGGGGUGGUAACUAUGGUCACUAA